CGUGCUCUGCGCGCUGCGUGCUCUUUGCGUCUGCGUAGUUCACCCAACUCCUUUUCUGCCUCCGCUGCGGCGAUGGCGCCCGUGAAAAAGCUUGUGGUGAAGGGGGGCAAAAAAAAGAAGCAGGUCCUGAAGUUUACUCUUGACUGUACCCAUCCUGUAGAAGAUGGAAUCAUGGAUGCGGCCAAUUUUGAGCAGUUUCUUCAGGAAAGAAUCAAAGUGAAUGGAAAAGCUGGGAAUCUCGGAGGAGGUGUUGUAACAAUCGAAAGAAGCAAAAGCAAGAUCACUGUAACUUCCGAGGUGCCUUUUUCCAAAAGGUAUUUGAAAUAUCUCACCAAAAAAUAUUUGAAGAAGAAUAAUCUCCGUGAUUGGUUACGCGUAGUUGCUAACAGCAAAGAAAGUUACGAAUUACGUUACUUCCAGAUUAAUCAAGAUGAAGAAGAGGAGGAAGAUGAGGAUUGAAACUCAGUUAUCUGGAGUAUUUUGUAUGAAUUCUUAAAUAAAAUUUAGGAAACAAAAUGGUGGCUUUCCUUGUAUCUCUGCAGUGUGGAUUGAACAGAAAAUUGGAAAUCAUAGUAAAAGGGCUUCACUUGGGCUGCCACUGACUUACUUGUAAUUAAAUUUUUUUUUCUGCUUGAAAAUUUCAAUUCUUUUGGUAGAAAUACCAAAACGGGUAAGUCUCCUUCAAGGGAACUGACUACUGUUUGACAUUGAACGGGUGGAUGAGGGCUGCAGAGGUGUGAGUUCAGUUAGUCACUAUUUUACACAAAAAGGGGUGGGUCAGGUUCGUCUGGUACUUUGCUCAAAGAUUGAGGAAUGCAAAUGUGGGAACUCGUGAUCCACUGAAAGCAGAUCCAGUGAUGUGGUUCUGAGGUUCUUUUUUGGGGAAAGUGGCAUUGUUGGUAAAAUGCAGGCUUUGGGGGCAUUUGUCUUUUCAUUUUCUGAUUACAAAUUACUC